AUGUCAGAUAGAGUAUCCCUCGGCGAUUCUGAGCACAGGAAGCUUAUUAAGCGCAAGAUGAGUGAGGAAUCAUCAGAGCCACCUUCCAUGGAGGCCAACUCAUCAGAGGGGCUACUGACUCUGAAGCUGAUGGUGGGCGAACCCUCUUCAUCAUCAAAACCAUCCGAGGAUUGUAACAACGAAAAGAUAGCAGAAAGAGCGGACGCCAGUAAUAAUAAUCAGCAGCGAAAAUUCUGUUGCAAGUUUUGCAGCAAGAAGUUCCAUAGCUCUCAAGCUCUGGGUGGACACCAAAAUGCUCACAGGCGUGAGCGUGUACUCAGCAAAAUUGACAAAGAGCUUGACAUGGGCACUUUUGGACGCUUUGGUCCUCACUUUUGCCCUUAUUAUUCAACCAUGGCUGGUCUUCCCUUCACAGCGUCGCCUCCUUUUCAUCCGGGGCUUCAUCACCACAUGAGCCCAGUGGCUCGUUAUGGCUCGCAAGCGCCAGCCAACUCGGCCCUAGAGGCGUUCCGGUUCGGCUCAAGAAGCUCCUGGGCUGAAGAAGGAGCGGUUCAACGCAGAGCAAAUCGCAGAAGCAAUAAUAAUGUUCAGAGCUCUUCUUCACCUGCAAACACAAAGCCAGAUGAAUCAGGAGGCACUGGUGCAAGUGCAAAUGUUGGAGGCUUCGAGAGGAACUCAUAUGUGGGAAGCAUUCAUGAUACACCAUCAGGCCUCGACUUGUCUCUCAGUCUUUAA